UAUCAAAAUAUUAAUUUCAAUUAUUAAAUUAAUUAUCUACAAUAUGAUAAAUUAUUUUUUAAAGUUAUUUUAAUUGGUUUGAGAGUUGUUGGAAUCUAACCGAAAACACUACUUCCGCAUCCUACUCUCAUCAACACCAACACUGACACUAUUAAAAUAAUAAAAUAAUUUAAAUAAUAUUAAAAUGAUUUAAAUGUUAAUGAACAAAAUAAUAAAAUUUAAACACACCAGCUCACACCAUUUAACUCUUAACUCAGCAAUCCCUGGACUGACCCUUACUACUACCAAUUCCUCAUCUAACAAUUCUAAAUUAACCUCUGUAAAUCAAUUUUCUACGUCAAAUUCCUGUAAAUUAUCUGAGAAUUCGGUUGAAAUAUCUCGAAAUUUGAUCGAGUCUGCGCUGGAGCUGAGGAAUCAAAAGUUGCGAGAGUUAACGGUAAAAAAUAACUUGAAAAAGUUAAGGUUGCGGGCGGUGAAUUUAUCGAGACCUCCGUUGAUUUACGAAGGUCCAGUGUACCUUAACUACUGGCUCCGCAGACGCAGGAGCGGCGCCAGAAAGUAAUAAUCUGACACAAAAUCACACUAUUAAUAUUUUAUCCAAAUUAUAUAAUAA